GAUUGGUGAGGCUCCUCCGCGGCCCAAGCCAGCCACCUACGACGUCUCUGAGAACUGAUUUGAAAUAAGAGCCAGGCGGUCCUCGACUCCCUGCGACCGACUUUUCAUAGGCUGGGGGAGAAAAGGCUGAGAAACUUGACAUUGUCUCUGGCACAGUACGUGUAGCAACAGAUCAAAGAAAAAGAGGACGAAAACGUGCUCUUUGCUGCCUGUAGAUUUCUUCGGGUUGCUUUUGUCUUGCGGGCUUCUGUUGGGUUUGGCGUUUCCUCUUUGAAGACUGCGGCGUGAGCUCCGAUGCAGCUCGCUCCCUGCCGGAUGGGUCAUGGAACUCUAAACAUGAGGCAGAUAGCUGAUCAGCUUCCUUGGAUUUUGCUGAUGACACAGGAGAGCUUUGCUUGAAGAUGGAAACACUGGAGUCGGAACUGACCUGCCCUAUUUGUCUGGAGCUCUUUGAGGAUCCUCUCCUGCUGCCCUGCGCACACAGCCUCUGCUUCAACUGCGCCCACCGCAUCUUGGUGUCACACUGUGCCACCAACGAGUCCGUGGAGUCCAUCACAGCCUUCCAGUGCCCCACCUGCCGGCAUGUCAUCACGCUCAGCCAGCGAGGUCUAGACGGGCUCAAGCGCAACGUCACCCUGCAGAACAUCAUCGACAGGUUUCAGAAGGCAUCAGUGAGUGGACCCAACUCACCCAGUGAGACCCGCCGGGAGCGGGCCUUUGACGCCAACACCAUGACCUCCGCCGAGAAGGUCCUCUGCCAGUUUUGUGACCAGGAUCCUGCCCAGGACGCUGUGAAGACCUGUGUCACUUGCGAAGUGUCCUACUGUGAUGAGUGCCUGAAAGCCACUCACCCGAAUAAGAAGCCCUUUACAGGCCAUCGUCUGAUUGAGCCAAUUCCGGACUCACACAUCCGGGGGCUGAUGUGCUUGGAGCACGAGGAUGAGAAGGUGAAUAUGUACUGCGUGACCGAUGACCAGUUAAUCUGUGCCUUGUGUAAACUGGUUGGGCGGCACCGCGAUCAUCAGGUGGCAGCUUUGAGUGAGCGCUAUGACAAAUUGAAGCAAAACUUAGAGAGUAACCUCACCAACCUUAUUAAGAGGAAUACGGAACUGGAGACCCUUUUGGCUAAACUCAUCCAAACUUGUCAACAUGUUGAGGUCAAUGCAUCACGUCAAGAAGCCAAAUUGACAGAAGAAUGUGAUCUUCUCAUUGAGAUCAUUCAGCAGAGACGGCAAAUUAUUGGAACCAAGAUCAAAGAAGGGAAGGUGAUGAGACUUCGAAAACUGGCUCAGCAGAUUGCAAACUGCAAACAGUGCAUUGAGCGGUCGGCAUCACUCAUCUCCCAAGCGGAACACUCUCUGAAGGAGAAUGAUCAUGCUCGUUUCCUACAGACUGCUAAGAACAUCACUGAGAGAGUCUCCAUGGCAACUGCAUCCUCACAAGUCCUAAUUCCUGAAAUCAACCUCAAUGACACAUUUGACACCUUUGCCUUAGAUUUUUCCCGAGAGAAGAAAUUGCUAGAAUGUCUGGAUUACCUUACAGCUCCCAACCCUCCCACAAUAAGAGAAGAGCUCUGCACGGCUUCAUAUGACACCAUCACCGUGCACUGGACCUCUGAUGAUGAAUUCAGUGUGGUCUCCUAUGAGCUCCAGUACACCAUAUUCACCGGACAAGCCAACGUCGUUAGUCUGUGUAACUCAGCGGAUAGCUGGAUGAUCGUGCCCAACAUCAAGCAGAACCACUACACAGUGCAUGGUCUGCAGAGCGGUACCAAGUACAUCUUCAUGGUCAAGGCUAUCAACCAGGCGGGCAGCCGCAGCAGUGAGCCUGGGAAGUUGAAGACAAACAGUCAACCAUUUAAACUGGAUCCCAAAUCUGCUCAUCGAAAACUGAAGGUGUCCCAUGAUAACUUGACAGUAGAACGUGAUGAGUCAUCAUCCAAGAAGAGUCACACACCUGAACGCUUCACCAGCCAAGGGAGCUAUGGAGUAGCUGGAAACGUGUUUAUUGAUAGUGGCCGGCAUUAUUGGGAAGUGGUCAUAAGUGGAAGCACAUGGUAUGCCAUUGGCCUUGCUUACAAAUCGGCCCCAAAGCAUGAAUGGAUUGGGAAGAACUCUGCUUCCUGGGCGCUUUGCCGCUGCAACAAUAACUGGGUGGUGAGACACAACAGCAAGGAAAUCCCCAUCGAGCCUGCUCCCCACCUCCGGCGCGUGGGCAUCCUGCUGGACUAUGAUAAUGGGUCCAUCGCCUUUUACGAUGCGUUGAACUCCAUCCACCUCUACACCUUUGAUGUUGCAUUUGCGCAGCCCGUGUGCCCCACCUUCACCGUGUGGAACAAGUGUCUGACGAUUAUCACUGGGCUUCCUAUCCCAGACCAUUUGGACUGCACAGAGCAGCUGCCAUGAGCAUCUGGCCACAUGGAGCUGCUUUCUGGGGAACAAAAAGGUUGAAGCCACUAAUUAGGGACUGAGAAAGCAUAUGCUUCAAAAGUGUGAUUAAAUCCCACCAAAAAGUGUCCAGAAAUUGGCUAAGAUAGGGCUCAAAAUGGGAGAUUCCUCUCCUUUUACUGUGUUUUUUAUUAAGUACAGGCUUUAAUAAUUUCUUUAAUUUUUUUGUAUUUAGAGGAAAAUCUAUAGAUUAUUUAUGAGACACAUAAUCAGGAUUACAACUCUUAGGAAUUAUUUGGUUUUGCACAUUAAGAGGCCCAUAAGUUUACCAGCUAUUUACAACCUGAAUUUCAUCACAGUCUAUGGGCUUGCAAAAAUAUAUAUAUUUUGUAGUUCUGUAUGUUUAUUCACCUACUCACAUAAUAUCCCAUACGGAUCCCAUGGUAGGUCCUGUCACCUCGACAGUGUAUAACAGAAUAUGUUUGAACCUACUGGGGAAGUAAACAGGCUUUCUUACUCUGGUUUAAUUUGAAGUAUUUAAACUGUGAUGUCAAAAACUUGUAUCGGAUCAACUAGAAUGGAGAGCAAGAGAGAGAAUGAAAAUCAUUGACUUUGGACCUCGGACCUUUUCGUGGCUAAAUCUUUAAUUACUUUCUGAUGACUGAUGGGAUAAUGUUGGAAAGAGAGGUUCUGAAACCUUUGGCCAGAAUUUGCCCUGCUUCUCCCAGAGUUAAGGAUUCUGGGAGAACAUUAAGAAUGAGACUGCAAUUGAAAAUAGUCAUUUUGAAUCCUACUGAUUACUCACAAAUUCAGGCUGAUUUGCGUUUUAUCAGAAGUAAGAUUCUGUUUCAUGAUAUAAAGUCUAUUUUAUUCUUCCUUUGAAUAGUUCCUUUAGACCUGUGAAAUUUCUUCACUACAUUUAAUAGCUGUCCUGUUUCCCCCUCUCCCAUAUCAAUUUUCCCUUUGUCUCUGGAACUGAGGAAAUAAACAAGUUCUCUCACAAAU